UUAAAUUAAUUAAAAAUCAGAUUCAUACAUAUAAAGUUUCUCAGUGAAUUUCUCGUCAAAGUGAGAGCAAAUAUUUUUUGACAUUAUUUAUAUAAAAGAUGAAAUUUUUCAACCUGAGACUGCAAUUUUUUCUAUUUUUGAUACAACAUGCGGAAGGAUGCAUCAUUACGGGAGUUAAUUUCUACCUGGGUACUUACAGCAGUGCGUACAUUUAUAAAGGGCUAGUAUCAAAUGAUGACUGUUGUACAUUCUGUCACAAUCAAUUAGAUCAAGACGCAAAAAUAUACGCCUUUAGUACUGAUCCUAAUAGCUGCUUCUGCACAAACUACAGAUACAAAUAUGUAUAUUCUAGCUCCCCGUACUAUUAUGGAUUUUAUUGGAGGCCACCAAUAAAUCAUCCUGUUCCUGGAACUCCUGUUGAAUGGGUAAUGGGAAACACUUAUACAGUAUAUGUCACAUUUCGUGAAUAUAAAGGAACAAAUGACCAGAUGAAAAUAUUUGCAUUUACUAACAUGAGUCAUCCCAAUGUUGAAUCCGGUCAAAUAAUUGUGGAAACGACUGUAGAACAUGACGGCGCUACAGUACCUGUUGAAAGAAAGUUUAUAAGAAAUGAAGUCACAAAGCUUAACAGCUCAAUCAUAGAGACGUUCGAAACCUUGCCGCACCUUGUUUUCGGACAUUAUGCGCUAACAUUUACAGCAACAGAUAUGGGCGCCAACGACCAAUCAGAUAUAUGGUUUGUAUCAAAAUAUUCGAAUGACGCGUUUGCAGUUAUUGACUUCAAACUGUUUAACAUAACCCGUCCAAGUGGGGAUUGUGAUGCUGUUGUAGUGAAGCAUGACGGCGUUAGUGUAAAAGGGAGUUAUGUUGUCUCACUGUCAAUGAAGACAAGUGACGCUUGCAAUGUCGAUUUGGAAAAUGUGCAUUUACUGUUAGCCCACGAAGAUAUGUUAGAGGCUUAUGAAGUAAAGUACGAAGACCAGAGUAUAGAAGCGACAAGUGUGAUUUAUUCAACACGCGAAGCAAAGAUAACAUUCGAUCGAUUUUACAUGAGGUCAAUUAUCGACAUGAAGAUAUAUUUCAGAGUUAAGGGCACAGUUUCCAGGAAAACAGCAAUCAUGUCAGCAUUAUUGUACACUGGAUUUGCAAAUAAUAUAUCCAGUGUGAAAAAAGAAGAAAAAAUAUUUACCACAUCGACAAAUCUACAGUAUGGGAUAGGCUUUUAUGUAUUAUCUGGUGACACUUCCAAAUGUCUAAAUACAAACCCAUCAAAUGAUGGACUGGUGCUUGAUCUUUUAUGCUCGUACUUCAGAGCAAUACCACAUAACUUGCUCCAUGAAAGUGGAAAAUGUGCUAGAGUGACUGCAACUGAGACGAUAUUGGAAGAGUGCAACAAGACGAGAAGACUUGAAAUUAAAGAAAGCAGAAUCAAUUUACCAGAUGGACAGCAAAUGGCUCAUUCUUCGACGACAGUGGAUUCGCCUAUCGUCUCUGCGACACCUGAUUCAACUGGCACGACUUUAAAAAGAACUUAUGAUAUUCCUAAUCACAAGUUGAAAGAACAACGAAGUGCUUCCAGUCACCCUUCUUUAAAAGAUAUCACGAUUUUGUCAAACGGCAAACAACUUUUUGUAUGCAGCAAUACACGAAGACAAUCCCGUUGUGUAAAUUACAACUCAGAUCUGAAGAGGUUUUCAAGAUAUACACCACAACUUCGAAAUAUCAUUGCUUAUGACAACAUCACGGAUACUGUCUUUGGAAAAGAUAUGAAUGGUCACAAUGUAUUGAUCAAGAAAAGACAAAAUGAACGAAAAUUAUUCUAUACAUCACCAGUUACAUGGAAUCGACUUUUUACAGCAUCAACUGUAGUCAUGGCAAAAUCUUACAGCUAUUCAGAUUUGGCAACUGCUCCAAAAUCAAAUGAAAUUGUGUUUGGUGAUGUUACAUUCGAUGUAACUUAUUACGGAAUAAUUGAUCGCACCUCAGAUGAGUACUUCAUACUUUGGAUUCCAGAUGAUGAAUGCAAACACUUCGCUGGUCAAUCACACAUCUUGGCACUUAGGACAUGCAUAGAAAUCAAGAAUUACUGUCCACCAGUCAAAUCUGGCUUCUUCUAUAUUUAUGGAGUCGUGGACAAGUUGACUACAGCAAAGGUUUACUGCGAUAUGGAGACAGAUAAUGGUGGCUGGGUUGUGAUUGCUAAUUACACUGUUCGCAAUGGAGUACAUGGUGAUAUCAGCAACAAUCAAACCGACAUAUUAAACGAUGUCGCAACAUCUGGCUUCACGAAAUAUAUGUCUAGCAAUAGUGGCUUUUCUAACGUAUUUACGUAUAUUGGAGUAAAACAGAUAAGAUUCUACUGUUACACAGAUAAGCCAGGUCGCACUUUGCAUACAAGAUCUUUGUAUACCUCUGAAAUGGUUAAUGCAUUUAGUUGGAUGAAAGGUUCAACGUCAACACAAUAUGCUGUUUGCAACUCUUUCCAAAUGUAUCCAGAUGACACAUCGCAUUUAUCACGACGUUGCAGUGAGUGGGGAAACAAUGGCAAUGCUGCAGGGGGUGGCUACUAUGGUUACACGGGGGACCUGUCUAAUCAUUUGUAUAAAUAUCCCAUUCAUAUUUCAUUUAAAGAGCUAUGGUACAUUGGUUUCGACAACAUAAAAGUGUGUGACGAGUAUGUGGAAAAAUCAAAUAUGGUUACGUAUGGAGAUUGGAUAAUAUACGUACGAUAAUAAAUGAAUAACAAAUUCUUUCUUAUUAGGAAUUCGCAAUAUAAGAAGAAAGUCCAAUAUAUUCAAUUUUGAGAAUACUAUAUGAUAGCGCGUGAAAGAGUCAGUGGAUUUCGCUUACUGCUACUAGCAUCUACUAUCUUUGACUCAGAGACCUUUAAUAUUUUAAUACUAGUCGUUAGCCCGUGGAAGUAUCCACGGGGUCGCUCGUCCUUUAAAUUAACCCGUUGCAACAAAGUGGACAAAAAUAUAUCGCAUUUGGUUUUGAUGCGCAUUUUAAAAAUUUCGUAUUUCCGUUACGGGAAGCGGCUUUCGCGGACACACAGACAAAAUACGGCUAUUAUUAAAGAGACUAGUCGUUAGCCCGUAGAAAAAUCCACGGGGUCGCCCGUCCUUUAAAUUAACCCGUUGCAACAAAGUGGACAGAAAUAUAUCGCAUUUGGUAUUGGUGCACAUUUUAAAAAUUUCGUGUUUCCGUUACGGGACACGGCUCUCGCGGACACACAGACAAAAUACGGCUAUUACGAGAUAGAUUCACAAUAUCUCAUAUGUGAUGAUCUAUAAGUUUUGAACAAUUUAUUUUUUGCACAUAUUAUUAUAAUACUAGAUUUGGUCACCUAUGGCAACUGGAUAAUAUAUGUAAUUUUAACAUAUUCUCACAUUUAUCAAGUACCAGCUAUUACAUAGAAAUUGACCAAGAAAUGAAAUUAUUGGUGACAUUUCCCACACUUAUUAAAAUAUACCAGAAAAAAGUAGCAUAUAUUUAUUCAUUGCCAAUUGUGAUACCAAGCACCGGCUGUGCCGUACAUGCUGCAAGGCAAGAACUACCAUAGUUAAGUGUCUUGUAAUUAUAUUUACUUAUUUGUUCUAUUUUGUGGAAUUGUAGAAGCAUUUUCCUGUUUUUUUUAAUAUUCUUACAAGCUGUUGUAUACGUAUAUAGCACUAAAAAUAAAACAUAUGAAAAAAGACUGUGUUUUUCAUAAUAUAGUAUUUUAUGAAGAAGAUAUAAUUAUCACCAUUACCAAAUUAACUGAUUUUUUUAAAAAGACACCUUUUAUCUGAAAUGUUUUAUUAAAAAAAUAAGGAGUCAUUAUUUCAUGAAAUCUAACGCGGGAUCUGUCUACCAUUUUGAAUACACAGAUGACGAGUGUUAUUAUUAUAGAGACUACUUGAGUAACGCAGCGAUAAACAUUCAAAUUAAGCGCUUAAAC